CACCGGUGCGAAAAUUCGCCCCCAAACAACAACAACAACAAAAUUCACAAAUAAACAGGAGUAGAAAAUGGAUAUUUUUUCUGAAAAUAAACAGUAUAUGCUGGUAGUUACUAUUCCUUUAACAGUGCUUGUAUUGAUUGCAUCGAUGACAUACACAAUUCGCAACAUUUCCAGGAUCUGGAACGCAGGCAAACCCGUUACCUCUGAAACAAAGUCGGAGACGGUUGAAAACAGCGAUGAUGAAGAGGAAGAUGCAAAUAAGCAAAGUGAACAAGAGACAGUUGACAGUAAAAUUGAUCCAGUCCAGUACUGUGAGCAUAUCCAGAGUGAAGUUAAAAAAGCCCGGCACAGAGUAGCUACCCAAGAAAUACGUCAGAAUCUCACUGCAGAAGACAUGGAAAAGGAGAGAGAAAUCCAACGAAAACAGCUUGAAGACAUUUUUAAGCUGAUGGAACAGAAUUCUGACAAAUUUGGUGCGUCCAGUGAGGAAGAUAUUCGACAGCAGAUGAAACUUUAUGUUUAGUAGCAUUUAAAAAUUCCGAAAGCAGAGUUUUGUGAUUCAGUACUAUAACCAAAAUUUGUUCAAAGUUAAUUUGAAUUGCUAAAAUUUGUUUUAGAAGUUCAAUAUUUAUGCAUUGGUUCCAUUACAUCUACGUUAGAAAUUAUAUGGGAGGGAAUAAACUCUGAGUUCAAUGUACCAGGUGAAUCAUUUUAGGACUUUGCUAUAAACACAUAAAUUAAUAUGGCAUCAUUAUGAUUAUGAAAAUUUAAGAAAAUUUUCUAAUUAUUUUUCUUUUUGUAGAUUUUUGUUUAUGCUGCAACAAGUGGUUAAGUUAGACUUCAAUUGAAUUUUUUGCUUAUCUCGUACAGUCAGUACUCAUUUAAGAAGUUUUGCGAUAUUUUUUGCCAUCUUUCUGAGCAUAUCGAGGGCUCAGAACGAAAUGGGUCUAAGUGUAUAUACAAAUAUACUUAGAAGCAGAUAGACCAGUUUCGCUCUGAGCCCUCGAUAUAUGAAAAGGGACUCGCUUCUAGAUCUGUAAUUACUCAUGAAAUGUUUCCUUUAUGCUGAUCUGUAAGUUGUGAGAUUAUCCUGUGAUAUUAUGGUCUAUACUGAAAUAAGUCAUUUUUCAGCUCCAUUUUUCAAUAAGAUGUGUUAGUAAUGUUUCAGAAUCUUGCAUGCAAAUGUAUGCAAACAAUUCAUGCUACUUUAUAUCAUAAUAAUGUCAACCUUACUUCUUGUUUCCUGCAGUAGAUUAUGUGAUGAACAGGUAUUAUUUUCCCUGUAAAUGCCCAUAAGUUGUCACCAACCUGGGAUCGAUGUAGAUACUCAAGUUAUUCAUUAGAAGGUCAUCUCCUGCUGGCUUCCCUUUCACUAACAUUCUCAAGUCAAAAUCAAUGUCAGUUCAAGUCUGACAUCAAUGCAGGAAAAUUCACGCAAAUAAUAACACAACUGUUAUACAAUUCCUUGGAAGCUGAGGAUUUUGCAGCUUAUGUGUUAUUAAAACUCUGGGUCAGCUUUGAGAAAAAGUUUAUUGAAAUCUAGCAUGAGAGCUUUCUUAUCCGAGACAAAUCUCAGACAGUGUUGAGACAGUCUUGAGAGGAGAAUUUUCAAACUUAAAGAAAGUUAGUGAAAGUGAGACCUGAUUUCUUACACAUCAAAUCUGUGUACUCAUCAAAACCAAAUCUGUGUACCAAUCAAAACCAGAUCUGUGUACCAAUCAAAACCAUAGUACCUUGCAUAUUAUUUCUUAGGGUUGUCCUGGGUAGUGUUCAAAAAUGACAUAGAUUGUAUUUAUGUUACAAUGUAUAGAUAUAGAAAUAUUUACUGGAUAUAUACGUGUUUCAGUCCAGUGGUGUAGAUAUUACAAGUGUUCGUGGAACGUAAUAAUUAUAUAAGUGCCAGUUCUGUCUAUUAAUAGAUUUAUUUAUGAA